AUGGCUACCUCUUCUGCCCCCUGGGCAAACUUUGCGACCACCGCCAUGAGCAAGUUCUCCAUGUUUUACCAGGCGUUGGCGGCGCCACACAUCGAUACCCCAUUGCCUCCAACGAGCAUACUGCCCCCUCCCCCACCCAUUCCCAGCAACAACAUCCAAUUGUCGACGAACACGACGGUUACAGUCUCGAGAACACCGUACAGCACCGUCCACAAACCCUCGCAACAUCCACUAGACGCCCACUUGUACGAGCCCGAGGGACGUUGGGCAUUCAUGAAGGGCAGGGGCUUCUACAAUGCGAUGCCGGUGCAGGAAUUGAAGACCAGCACGAACUACAACAUGUCGAUCUACAAGGCCAAAUUAGUUGCUGACGACGUGCACCUCUGGGUCAAGACAUGGACCCGAGACAAAGACUGGAAGGGCUUUUUCUCCGAGCUCUACCUCUUCAAAACGCAACUACGCCCCCUCCAAGGCAUCAUCGUCCCCAACGUCAUCUCCGUCGUGAGCUCCCUCUACGGCACGCACGUCGUCAUGGAGCCCCCGCACGCAUCGUUCUGGAUCACCGCGUCGCCGGACAUGCCGCACGCGCUCAAGCGGCGCGUCGUGCGCGCGUACGAGCUCCUGCACGCGCGCGGUAUUGCGCAGACGAGCGUCGCGCUCGAGCACAUACUCAUCGGCGCCGAUGGGCGGGUGACCCUAGCCCACUUCCACCACGCCCGCGGCGCUACGGCGCACAAGCCCGUCGACCUUCGCGCUGCCUCGUCCAAGGACCUCCGCCUCGAGAUGCGCCGCGUCAAGUACCUGCUCGACUUCGAGGACGCGCGCGAGGCGGAGGAAGAAAAAUACGCCAGAGGGAGGGCACGGCAUGCGCGGAAUCAGGACGAGCUGAGCCGCGCGCAGAUGGACUACACGCACAAGCCCCGCAUCGACCGCGGCUCGAAGGACGACAGGCAGAACCCGCCCUUCGAGACGGACUCGUUCCAGCGCAUGAAGGCUGCCCUCCGCGCGUACACCCCGCGCCGCGUCGUCAUGCCCGGGCAGAGCGCGGAGGACCUUGCCCGGAAUGUGGCACGCUUCUGCGAAGUUGUGGACGGGAUGGACGCGGAUGACGACUCGUAUCUGAAUGCGCCGCAGCCGCCGUUGCCGUUCUCCUUACCCGCGCCGCCGCUGUUCCCGGGGACGACGACGCGGAAGCGGAAGGAUGGGCCGGUGGACACCUCAUCGCCUGCGCAGAAGCGCUUGCGCCCGGAUAUGCCGCCGCCACCGAUGCUGGCGGGUCCCUCCUCCCGGCCCACUGCAGGACCAUCGAGCUUGCGCGGAUCCUCUCAGCCAGCCGCAUCGUCAUCUCGCUCUGGUACCCCUUCGUCAUCUCGCUCCGCCAACCCCUCGACAAGCACCCUGCCCAAGACCAAAUCCAACGCAGGCCGCACGCGCCCCGUCAAGAAGGCCGCGUCCUCGCCCAGCAUGUUACCACCCCCUCUUCCAACCUCUCUCACUGCGGACAACCUCGCCCGCCUCCCCGGCGGCACCACCACCCGCCGCAUCCCCGUCGAGGACACCCUCAGCACGGUCGCGCACGACGAUUACGCGCCGAACCCGUAUGGCUUGGUGUGGCAGGCGUUCGAUAGGGAAAGGAGCCCGUCGGACGAGGAGGAGGAGAUUCCGUCGCAGGGCCCAUCGUCGCAAGGCCCGUCGUCGCAAGGGUUGCGAAACCCGUCUUCGCAAAACUCGACACCCCCAGGCUCACAGGGCUCCCGCGGCUCGCCACAAGGCUCACUGGGCGGGUCCUGGACCCGCGCGCGCGUCCUCGAGCGGAACAUGUCCGCGCCCGAGAUUCGGGCGAUGGAGAGGGAGGAGGAAAGGGAAGUGGAACGGAUGCUGGGCACGUACUCGGAGGGGACGCUGUCGCGGAUGACGCGCGAGUUUUUUGGGUUUGUGGGGCGGUAUAUGCAUGAGAGGAGGCAGGGUGCUGGGCGAUGA